GACAUCUCUCCACACUGAGACAGUAACUGAUCACAGCUAUACAGAAUCCAAUUUGUUUUUAUACAGGAUUUAAGAUAAGAAAAAAAGCUGAGACAGGAACCAAUCAGAUAUGGAGCUUCUCACAUCCACCAUCAUCAUCGUCAUACUUACAACAUGCUCUGCUAUGUCGAUUGGCAGGGGCAGGCAUCAAGAUGCUGACAUCGCAGACAAUGACUUGAUGCAGGGGUGGCUGAACGAGAAUUACUUGCGGUUCAGGCAGUCUGACGAAAAUUCUAGCUACAGAGACUCUUCAGAGUCACGAGACUCAAGUGAAUCUAGUGAAUCUAGUGAAUCUAGUGAAUCUUCUGAGGAGACCUCUGAUGAAAUUGUCACCCCUGAUCCAACCACCAUUGCCAUGACGACUGGCACAUCAGGAGAUGGUAACCUCACCCCUGAACCAGACACAGCAACGACAAGGUCAACAGCCCCACCAGCAACACCAGCAACACCGGAUGCUGUCACAUCACCCGGUAAUGUGACUCACUGUGCUACCCAUGUGAUCCCAACAGAAGAGCCCAUCAACAGAGGAGACAAUUAA